CAACUGAGAUAUUUUAUGGUCUUAAAAUUACAUUCUUGAAAUAACAUUGAUGAAAGUCUAACUAGAAGAAUAGGUUCUGAAGAACAGGACCUUACUUUGAGGGCUGUACAAUCAAAUCUUCCAAACAAUGUUAAUUAACGUGAAAUAUAAAUAGAACUGUAAGAAAGAGCCUAGCAAUAUCCCAAAACAACGAAGUAGGUCAAGAUUUCACGUGGCAGCAUAUGGAAACACUGUCAAACGAUUGAAGUAAACAAGCUACUCUUUCCUGUGAAACAUAAGAUUAUUCCGCAACUACAGCAAGGCUUUCCGCACUAAAGAUUUCGCAUAAUUUAUGCACGUAAUAACUGAUUCAAUAACAGCACACUAAACUAUAGGCUUUUGUGUAAGCUUGCUUAGACGAGUAGCCAUUUGGUAAGAUCCGCAAAUCGAUUGGACCCCUUGUCAGGCCUUAAGACCGAGAAGAACUAAAGUGACAGGAGGUAUUUCCGAUAAAGGAAAAUACAGCAAAAAUGACACAGGCCACUAUCAAAAAAACAGCUAAAAUAGCAAUAAUAGCGUUCAUCUUUUCAUAAAAAAUUUAACUAUAAGGAACUUUUAAAUUUUUAACAACUCGAAAAAUAUCUGCGUUUGCAUGAUAAAUAUUCUAAGAUUUUGGGUUCAUAGAUUGUAAGAGGCGAAAUUUCGCUGUAUUCAGUUAUUGGUGAAGGCCAUCAACUACCCAACGGAAAGUUCUAUAAAAUUUAAAGUUUAUCAAAAAAAGUAAUUUUUAAGCAUCUUUUCCAAAAGCAAAGAAUAAAAUUGUACUGCUCCUUUGAAAGGGCGAUCCCAGGACUGGAAGCUGAGCCUCCAAAGAAAUGGUAUGAAAAGAGGGCCAAAACCCCAUAAGUACAAAGAAAUGCGGUGGAUCGGCAGAAAAAUACAAAGAAAUGCUUCUUGUUGGAAGUUAAAAGAAGCAUUCGUAAGUGCAAUACUAAAUCUAUAUAGCUUAAAUCUUGAAGCCUAGACUUGAAGCUGCGUUAAAGAACAGUUUUAUGAUAGUUGAAAAAGCACGGUUGUCUUAUCAUCAAGGUCUUUAAUCACUUUCAACAAUGAUUAAAUGCCUAAAACCAUGGACAAAUAUAUUGUUUUAUUUCAUCAAAAUCUGUGCAUAAACUCUUUUUAUAAACCCGUGAUACUUCACUUUUGGCCAUGAUUCUGACAUCGCGUACUCUGUCAGAGCAGUAGAAGCCAUUCAAGUUCUGCUUCGUGUAAAUUUGAAGCAUUAACUUUAUUUACAUUCAAUCUCAAAGUUACGAGAAAUCCAUUUACACAUCACGCAGCUGCUCAAGCAUCACUUAAGGCUCUAAAUGGAAUUGGACAAGCAAACAGUCUUUCUUAAGAAGAUUUGCAGCCAUGAACUGCAGAGGUUAUUCAAGUAUUUUGGAGUUCCGGGAAUAGUUCUACAUUUUCAGGGUUAAACACACUGGAAUUCUACCUUGAAUUAUUUUGGACACAAUUUCUUGUUUACACUCAUGUCAUGGCAAUAGCAAUCUUCUAUAAGAUCAUUAUUGUUGGCAGUCUUUUGACUGUCAGUUCUGGGAUGCUACAGGAAGUCUGCACCGAAAAGAUAGCAAGACAACGGUGUAUCAGCGAGGACUAUUCGCCAACCAACUAUCGAAUGCUUGGUGUUUUCAACAUCGAAUCAGCUGAGACUGACUAUCAAUUUUUGCCUAAGUAUCUGAGCAUCAUCGACGGCCUAGUCUUGGUUGAAGCCAUGCGUUAUGCAAUACAUCAAGUAAACAGACAGAAUUUUCUUCAAGCUUCUAUCGGCUUUAUGGUAAGAGACGCAAAAGAAUCCCGUUUCCCAUAUUCAAAACACGACGACACUCCAGCUCUUUUAGCCUUAAGUCCUUCUCAGACAAGCUACUUUUUGCUCGUUAAUCAGCAGGGUGAUGCUCCCAUUGUUAAUUCGCUAACUUCAAGUUAUUCAUUCGACCAUAUCGAAAGUUCGGCUAAUGACGAGCCAAAGGACGAUUCCAAUUUAAAACUUUUCAGAACGGUUCCAUCAGACGAACUGGAAACACGAGCAAUCAUAGAUAUUUUGAAGAAACUGCGGUUCUCAUACGUUGCUAUAAUUUCUUCAAACGACGUUCAAACACAAGAAGGUGUCUCAAGAUUCAAAUUAAAGGCAACGGAAAACGGCAUCUGUGUCGCUCAUAGCAUUUGGCUGUCUUUGAAACCAACAGAGGCGGAGUAUGGGCAAGCGCUCACGAAAAUUUCUACCAAGGAAAACCUGCGGGCUGUUGUGCUAUUUACAAGUUUUGGGGAGACAAAUGGGGUGCUUCGGGCAGCCGAAAUAUUUUCAGAGUUGACGUUCAUCUCUGGAACAAACUGGCCAGCCAACACGUACACGGUCGGUAAUAGUUACAAAGCGGCCAAAGGAUCAAUUGUUUUGCAGUUUGAUGAUGUUUAUAGUGAAGAUUUUAGUAAGUAUUUCAUGAGCUUACGUUUCAAUACAACAAAGUACACGUGGUUGGCAGAAUUUUGGAGUCAGAUCUUUAACUGUAGCGUUCCAUGGACAUAUAGAAUAACAAGGUAUCAUGAUGAUAGGGCAAAGUGUCUUGGAAACGAAACGCUCAACAAAACCGUCUUUGAAUUGUACAAUGCAGUUGUUUUACCAGUCAUAAAUGCUGUGCAGACACUUGCCUGUGCUCUCAAGCAAGGAGAGAUCGCAAACAAAUGCAACAUAUCUUCACCAGUAUGCAUCCAGAAUAUCGUCAAGACGUCGAUGAAAUAUUUCGGGAAGCAAAAGUGCAAUCAGCUUGAUCAUUCGGUUGUGUUGAACAAGUUAGGAUUCUUUAACAGGGAUUUCAAAAUCUUUAAUUUUGAUGGGGUUGAUUACAGAAGUGUUGGCCGCUGGGUAUAUAAUUCAUCAGCUGAAAAAGGAAAGUUGCAUCUUGAUGUGGAUAAGAUAGUUUGGCGAUACAAUAAACUCCCGGCUUCAUACUGCUAUGUUCCAUGCACAUUUGGCCAAGCAGUUGACCGUGGGGCUGAUGGCACAAGAUGCUGCUUUAGCUGUAGAAAUUGUAGCCAUAUGGAAAUUGUCAAAAACGGAACGUGUGUGGCCUGUUUACCUCACCAUGUGCCCGAUCGGCACCGAUCAGAAUGUGUCCCUUUGCCAGUUGUAUCUGUAGCAGACGAAGCAGGCUGCCAUGGCUGGAUCAUCAAAUGCACUGCUAUAGUGGGGUUUGUCUUGUCCUCAAUUAUUGCAGUUCUCUUCGUAAGAAAUAAUAGAACUACAGCGAUCAAGACUUUUUGUCGUGAAACGUCGAUAAUCACCUUUUUAGGACUGCAGCUUGUUAUUGGUUCUUCGUUCAUCUUCUUAAUGAAACCAGAUAUGUUCAAAUGUAGACUUCAGGAAUUACUUGCAGGUUUCAGCUUGAAUGCAUGCUACACGCCUUUGAUGGUAAAAACGGCUCGCAUAUCAACUCUGUUUAACGCAAACCCAGUUAAUUCUUCGCCUAGAAAAACCAAGGUUUACAUUCUCGUUGCCCUCUCAGUUGCAUUUGUACAGCUUUUGAUAGGAGCUAUGUGGUUAAAAGAUGACAGCAAGUCGUAUGUCUUAAUGACAGACAUCGAGAACAGCACAAAGACAGCCGUUAUUUGCAAAUACAAGCCAAUGAACACAACAUUGAACUUACUUCCCAGCUUCAUAAUCAUGGCCAUAUCUGGUACAUUUGCAUACAAAACAAGAAAAUCCGCAUCGCAUUCCAGUGAAGCAUUUGGAAUAUGCCUUGCAAUGUGCAUAAACAGCAUGCUGUUCGCUGUGUUUAUCCCAACCCUAUUUUUACUUGAAGCCUACGUCACCACAGUAUUUGCAUCAACAUUACUGUUUGCGUACUUCAUGCUAACUAUUGGCUUAUUCACACUCGCUGGCCUUUUCAUGCCUAAUUUGUUGAAAAUAAUCGAACAAAGGCGACGAGCAACAAAAGUCAGCUUUGAAGGCAACGCCUCGGUAAAGGUGAUAAGUCUAGGCCAUGCAAGCCUGUGCGGAAACGAGAAUGCCUCGCCUCUCUGUCAACCACAGUAUUGCGAUCGUGCAGUUGAGACAGAACAGCCUGGUGUUUGCUAUUGCGACAAAUAG